AUGGCAAACUUCUUCGUGGCACUAUGGGAAAGUAUUUUUCAACCUGGAACGACGCCUCAGCUUAUUAUCGCUACCCAUCUUUCUUUUGCGGCGCUUGUGGCCACAUUGGGAUGGUUGAUCUUUGCCACUUCUGGUAAUAUCCAUUUCAUAGCAUUGUUCUCAAUAUCUAUAUGCCUCUGGCUAGCUGUAACAUGGUUUGUUCAGGAGCUGAACCAUGUAAAAUUGAGCGAUAACAGAACUAUAGAGUCGGAAAGCAAAGCGGAAGAAGAAAAAAGACCUGUUACGGCAUCCUCGAGCAGCGCUGAGACGGCCUCAUUGACGUCAAGCAAGAAAGCAUCUCAACUGAGAUCUAGAAAAGUUUAA